UAAUGUUCCAAUGAUGAUGUAUUGUGGCCGGACCCCCCGGCGGUCGCCAUCUUAGAUUCGGUGCAUAGACUCGUCUAUGCUGGUUGAGAUAUAAAAGAGCACUCCGUACCCGGUUCAUCGAGAACGCCUCGCCCGAUCGUUUCUUUCGGAUUCGAGUUUCGCCAACUAGUACUAGGAGAAAGCGCAAGCGGUUUUCCGAGCCACUCAAGUCACUUGUUUCCUAUCUCCCCAAAAAUGUGGUGGUCUAGAUCGACUCCCGUACACGAGUACGGUGACAAUUACCUCAGAGCUGCCAGUCCAAACGAAUGCCGAUGCAUCAUUCGUGAAGAACUCGACUUUUAUCGUACGAUCGUGGUUGGUGGUUUAUACGAAUUCGAAUUCUCCCACCCGACAAAAGACUCGACUUCUAUAGUACACACUUUUGCACCUGCCAUCAAGAAAUGUAUUGACAGCCACCCACACCUCAGCACCAUCAUUUCUGGGGCCGAUACCAAUUCUCCUUAUUUCGAGUCUUGUCCACGACUCGAUCUUGCCAAUCAUGUAGAAAUCAGACCUCAACCUCGAAAGACUGAUCAAGACGAAGAAGAAGCGAUCGCACGGUUAUUGCCAGAUAUUCUCGACAUGAAACCAGCACAGGGAAUCCCACCUUGGAAAGUGAUCAUUUUGCCAUUUGAUGACUGCCGGGUUUUCGUUGCCUUUGCAUAUUCUCAUGGACCUUUGGACGGGAUGUCUGGUAUGAUUUUUCACCAGACUUUCCUUGAUUCUAUCCAGCGAGAACCGGGAGAUACAGGCCGUGAUGGGAAUGAAAAAGAGACCCUAGUGUACUCUCCUACCUUCCGACAAUUACCUCCACCAUUUGACACGAAAAAGAACUUACCGAUAUCUUGGUCUUUCUUAUUUUCGCCUUUGCUCAGCGUGUAUUUGCCUCCUUCGUUUGGUUUCCGGGCAAACAUCAUCACUCCCACCACGUGGCUCGGCCGUUCUAUAUUCUACGACGACCCAGACAAACUUAAAACAGGUCUGGAAAUGUUUUCGGUUGAUUCAACCACACUCAAAAAAGUCCUCGAGGCGUGUCGAGGAACGAAAAUUGGCGGCGCCAAGAUGACGGGCUUGCUUCACGAACUCAUAUCGGAAGCGAUGUUUAAACUCUUGCCUUCCACCAAGUACGAAAACCUUGCAGCUCAGACAACCAUCAAUAUGCGAGGAGCGGUCGGUAUACCGGCCGACGAGAUGGGUUUAUAUGCCGGUGGAGAUACCGAGAUCAUCGACAGACAAUCGAUUGGUACGGGCACACGAUCAUGGACGGUUGCUAGAUCCAUGACGACAAAGUUGGCGGCAGUGUCACAAAAAACAAAAGAUCAAUCUCUGGGUCUGCUGAGGUAUCUGAACGACGUCAGGUCGUGGACACUUUCCAAAAUCGGUGAGAAACGAGAUUGUUCAUAUGAACUUAGUAACUUGAUGAGUUUCCGGUCAAACAGGAAUUCGUCGGGCGUACAGAUUCAAAAAAUGGUCUUUGCACAACCGGCGAGUGUGAGUGGACCGACGUUAUUUUUUAACGCCGUCAGUGUCGAUGGUGGCCCGAUGACUAUCACGGCAACCUGGCAAAUCGGGGCUCUGGAUUUGGGAACUCAUCAGUCUCAGUCUCAGUCUGGUAAUGAGUCUGAAUUUGUCAAAGCUAUUUGUCGAAGGGUACAAGAAGGUCUUGUACGUAUUGCGGAAGAUGAAUAAGACCGGGAUAUUCUCAUCAUUUGUACAUAGGCGGUGGUCACAAGGAGCACUUUAUUAGAACCGGUAUCAUUGAGAGAUAUAGGUCGUGGGUAAUGGAAUUGUCUGGUUUGGGUUGAAACUAUCAAGUCACUAGAAUAAUCACAAUUGGGAUAUACUUGAAUAUCUCUG